GUCACCUCUGCCAUAGCUGCGAUAAAUCCAUUCAUUUUCGGUUACCGUUCCAUAAACGAAUAUGGCUUAAUACGGAAAGCUCUAAGGUAUUGGACCACACACAAUUUAUUAAGGAAAACGGAUCAGUUUCCAAGCAAGAGGUUCCAGUUCCAGUAUUUAUUCCUUCAGCUUUCCAAAAGUAUCAAUCGUCUUCUCUUUCAAUUGCUGCUGGAAACGACUUUUGUAUCGUCAUUACUGCGAAUGGAAGGUUUGAUCUAAGUACAGCUUUGUUUCGCUGCAAUUCAUGCGAAUGUACUUUCGAUGCCACACUUGAUGAUUGCAUUCUAUCCGGUUUUUGGCCACCCGUGCCUAACAAGUUCACUUUUCUAUGUUGCAGUCAACUGCUAACUCUGUGGCAUCAUCUAAAAUUGCUUACCCCAGGAACUUCUGAACAAAAGUUCUUGGAAACGAUUUCAGCUAUGUUAGUAGAGGGAUCGAGAUGUCCCUCAAUUAAAACUCCUAUGUUUGCAAGAGCUGGCCAGGCUCAUGAGUUUACCCGACACUUAACUGAUUCACGAAUAAAGCAGGUGGAUACGCUUUCAUGUCGUGCCUGUAUUGAUGAAAAAACCGGGAAUCCUUCCCUCCUCUCCGGCCAUCCUGAUGCAAAUCAUAAACUAACAAGGACUGAUCGUAAAAAUGAACGCCCAGCUAGGUCUUGGUAUGGUAGUGAGGUUAUUGCUGUGAAGGAACUUAAUAUUUCGAAAUCCGGAAGACUAAUAUUCUUGGAAGUUAACAUUUUAUCGGAGGAAAUGUUGAGAUUAAAAGCUGUUUAUGACGAAGCAUGGUCAUACCUCCGAUACUUCUGCGAAACCCCCAUUUUCUCUGAAUCUUUGCUUGAUGUUGAUGAAAGUGAUGACUACGACUCCGACACUGAUAGUGAAAACGACGAUGUUGUGUAGGAUGUUGUGUGAUUUAUUAUUAAGCAGCUUGUGCCUUGUCUAAAUUGCAUAAUCUGACUGUACAACUUGGAAUAUAUCAUACGGUUCCUGCAUACAACUGUAUCAUCAAAUAUGAAUAAUAUACCGUGGAUCGUGUUGAUAAA